GAAAAGAAUCCAUCCUUUCCUUCUAUUCACCAGGCAGUUAGUGACCAACGCACACCAGACACUGAUCAGCGAGAAAACUCCUCGAAUAUAGGUACAAACAAUCCACAGUAUCUUCCAAUUCAUCACGUGGUCAGAGAUCAACCUGCAUCAAAGGACACGGGACAAUUACUCUUCAAGGAGGAUUACCCCAUAGGUAGAGAAGAAGAUAAUCCAUCCUAUCCUUCUAUUCACCAGGCAGUUAGUGAUCAACAAACACCAGAUUCUGGUCAGCUAGAAGACUCGUCAGGUACAGGUACGAACAAUCCAAAGUAUCCUCCAAUUCAUCAAACGGUCAAAGAUCAACAUACACCAAAGAACAUAGGACAACGACUCUCCGAGGAGGAUUCCCCCUCUGGUGGAGAAGAAAAAAAUCCAUCCUAUCCUUCUAUUCACCAGGCAGUUAGUGAUCAACGCCCACUAAACACUAGUCGGCAAGAAGACUCCUCGGGUACAGAUAAGAGCCAUCCACAGUAUCCUCAAAUUCAUCAAGCAGUCAGAGAUCAUCCUGGUCCAGAGAACAUAGGACAAUUACUCUGUGAGGAGGAGCCCCCCUCAGGUAGAGAAGAAAGGAAUCCAGCCUAUCCUUCUAUUUACCAGGCAGUUAGUGACCAACGCACACCAGACACUGAUCAGCAAGAAGAAUCCUCGAAUACAGGUACGAACAAUCCAUCGUAUCCUCCAAUUCAUCAAGCAGUCAGAGAUCAACUUGCACCAAGGGAUGUGGGACAAUUUCUCUUCAUGGAGGAUCCCCCAUUAGGUGUAGAAGAAAUAAAUCCAUCCUAUCCUUCUAUUCACCAGGCAGUUGGUGAUCGACGAACACCAGACACUGGUCAGCAAGAAGACUUGUCAGCUACAGGUACGAACAAUCCAAAGUACCCUCCAAUUCAUCAAGCGGUCAGAGAUCAACAUACACCAGAGGACAUAGGACAACGACUCUCCAAGGAAGAUACCCCCUCUGGUGGAAAAGAAAAAAUCCAUCCUAUCCUUUUAUUCACCAGGCAGUUAGUGAUCAACGCACACUAGACACUGGUCGGCAAGAAGACUCCUCGGAUACAGAUAAGAACAAUCGACAGUAUCCUCAAAUUCAUUAAGCAGUCAGAGAUAAACUUGUACCAGGGGACAUGCGACAAUUUCUCUUGAGGGAGGAGCCCCCCUUAGGAGAAGAAGAAAUGAAUCCAUCCUAUCCUUCUAUUCACCAGGUAGUUAGUGGUCAACGAACACCAGACUCUGGUCAGCUAGAAGACUCUUCAGGUACAGGUACGAAAAAUCCAAAGUAUCCUCCAAUUCAUCAAACGGUCAGAGAUCAACAUACACCAGAGGACAUAAGACAACGACUCUCCAAGCAGGAUUCCCCCUCUGGUGGAGAAGAAAAAAAUCCAUCCUAUCCUUCUAUUCACCAGGCAGUUAGUGAUCAACGCACACUAGACACUGGUCGGCAAGAAGACUCCUCGGGUACAGAUAAGAGCCAUCCACAGUAUCCUCAAAUUCAUCAAGCAGUCAGAGAUCAACCUACUCCAGAGAACAUGGCACAAUUACUCUUUGAGGAGGAGCCCCCCUCAGGUAGAGAAGAAAGGAAUCCAUUCUAUCAUUCUGUUUACCAGGCAGUUAGUGACCAACGCACACCACACAUUGAUCAGCAAGAAGAUUCCUCGCAUAUAGGUAUGAACAACCCACAGUAUCCUCAAAUUCAUCAAGCUGUCAGAGAUCAACUUGCACCAGGGGACACGGGGCCAUUUCCCUUCAGGGAGGAGCCCCCCUUAGGAGGAGAAGAAAUGAAUCCAUCCUACCCUUCUAUUCACCGGGCAGUUAGUGAUCGACGAACACCAGACACUGGUCAGCAAGGAAACUCGUCAGGUAUAGGUACAAACAAUCCAAAGUAUCCUCCAAUUCAUCAAGCGGUCAGAGAUCAACCUGCUCCAGAGAACAUAGGACAAUUACUCUUCGAGGGGGAGCCCCUCUCAGGUAGAGAAGAAAGGAAUUCAGCCUAUCCUUCUAUUCGACAGGCAGUUAGUGAUCAACGAACACCAGACUCUGGUCAGCAAGAAGAUUCGUCAGGUACAGGUACGAACAAUCCACAGUAUCCUCCAAUUCAUCAAGCAGUCAGAGAUCAACAUACACCAAAGGACGUAAGACAAGGACUCUUCCAAGAGGAGCUCCCCUCAGAUGGAGCAGAAAGGAAUCCUUCUCACCCUUCCAUUCACCAGGCAAUCGGUUAUCAACGCACAACACACAACGAUCGGCAAGAACACUUAUCAAGGGCACGAGGAAACAAUCCACGAUAUCCUCCAAUUCACCGAGCAGUCAGAGAUCAACCCGCAUCAGAAGACGUAGGUCAACGACCCCCUCGGGCAGAACAGUCCGCAGAUGAAGGACAAAAGAAUCCAACAUACCCUUCCAUCCAUCAGGCAGUUGAUGAUCGAAGUAAACUACACGGGGUCACUUGA